GGGCACAGUGCGGCUGGCGACAUGGCGAGAGCUCGAGGCGGUGCGCUGCCGCUGCCUCUGCUGGCGGCGGCGACUGUGCUGUUGCUGGCGGCGGCGGGCGCGUCCUUCCUGCAGUGCGACGACCACCUGGGCAGCUGUGAGCCGGAGCCAGGGCCCGGCGACGAGCCCGUGCUGUCGCGGCUGCUGCCCGCGGCCGGCAGCGGUGGCGAGGGCCGAGGCGCGGCCCAGCCGGCUGUUUCCAGGGACGACACUGAGGAGCGUCGUGAAAGCGACACAGCGCGACAGAGGACACCCGUAGCGACAGCAGCGAAACAGCGAACGGAUACGUCCUCCAUUGUUAAUAGAGGGCAGGCAGUGACUUCAGAGCCUGAAGCCUUGACUCAGUCGGGUGUUUCAAAGGACAUUUUGAAGCACCGUCAUGGAGAGGACAGCUCUGCGCACGAGUCACCAGUGGCGGCUGCAGAUCUGCCGAAAACUUCUGCAGGUAAAUCUCCAACACGUGUUAUACCUCCAGCCAGUGUAGCACAACCAUCUGUUCCGCAGCAGAGCAACGUUACGGAGAAAAUGCCCGAAGGAUCGUCUGAGAACCAGGUAAAAGUGCUAGUGGAACAAAGGAACGUGGCUAGUAAAACAGAACGGCAGCCAACUGUUGUACCGUCCGGAUCCAAAUCGCGAAGGAAAAGAGAGGUUGCGUCCGACGUUCCUGACCGAGCAGCUGCUGUUCCUUCGGGAAAAAGCGGUGUCGGUGCGGGACAAAGCAGACGCCUACAGACUGAGUCUCCUCGCGAGGAUUCAGGCAGAGCCCAAAAAUCGGCUUCAGAAGGUGAGCGAAAAGCAGUGGGGAAGUCGGUGAGUUCUGUAACUGCUGGUGGAAAUGAGGGAACUAGUAAACCAUCCACAUCGACCGUGAAGACUGCACAAGAUUUACCUCCCGCACCUAACGUAAUAAAGGAAGCACACAAGCAGAAUAAACAUGUCACAGAGAAACAAGAUCGACACGUGGAAAAUGUCGAACAUAUUCACAGACCUGACGUACUGAAGCACGCCCCACAGAAAGCUUCUCCAGCCAGCAGUGACAGUAAAGUGAACGCUAAUACGGUUAACAAGUAUCAAAGUGUCAAAUCUCAGAAGCCUGCGAAUAACGGUGGGUCCAGCUCUUCUGAAGACGCGAUGCCAAAGAAAUCAACGCAAUCACAGUCUCACGGUAAUGGACAGAAAGAAGUAAUAAAGCGAUUUCGUUCUUCAGAGGAAAGCCAUGGUGCUAGAAAAGCUCAGAAAACACAUCCUGUCAAAAGUCAGGACUCACAUCAGCAAGAAAAUCUUCAAGGCAAAACUCGAAAAAGUACGGGAAGCACUGAAGGAAAACAUGUUUCAGAAGCGAAGAGUAAAACUGUAGUUGGGCCGAAUAAAAUUUCAUCUGGCGUAUAUAGAGCAAAGGUUAAAGAUCCAAGUUCAAAAUUGUCAAACGUCGCCUUUGGAGAACAUCAGGCAGCGAAUAAUAAAGUAACAGCUCCUACGAUUAGAAAGACGCAGCAUACUCUUGUGAAAUUAAAGAACAAUGAUACAUCCCAGUUAAAUCAGGAUGCUAAUAUGCAGAUCGAAAAACAAAGAGUAAGAAGAGAAAUAGGUGAUCAUAGUACAUUCAGUGUUUCAGAUGUUUCUGAAGAUUCUAAAUUGGACACUGAUCAUUUCGGUGAAAUGCACCUCAACGAGACAGUAAAGAAUGCAACAGUCAAGAAAGUUACUUUCAGCAACAGGUCGUCAACAGUAGAUGACAGCUACAAGACAGCAUCCACGACCAUAAUAGUAGACGGGAAUCUUUUUAGAGGUUCUGGAUCGAAAACGUGGAAACUGUCAUCGACGGUGAAUACCAGCCAAAAUGAAGUAAGCAGGGAAGCGAGUGUGGAGGGGAAGUCAACGAAGCUGCCAGAUUCUACGUUUACAGAGUCAAAGAAUAUUUCUUCGGAAACAUCAAACAGGAGUGUCAUUUCUGCUGGUAAUCGCGUGAAUACUACUGAAAUCGAUAAGAGCAAGAAACUUGAGGACUCUCCAGAAGUUCCGAUCGCUCCAUCGUCUUACGAGUCGGGCUUGAAAUCCGCGUCGUUUUCCACAUCAGAAAACACUGAGUCUGAUUUACAGGUUAAUCAGGCACAAGCGGAACAGACUAAUAGCUCCCGAGAUAAGUCAACAGAUGUAAGAGAAAAUUCUGCAGAUGUUCCCCCGGAAGAACAAGCUCCUGUCUCGUCUCCAAGUAGAGGAGAAAUGACGCUGAGGAUAAAACGGGAGACAGCCCCGGAAGUGAAGACGGAAAUAGGAGAGGAGAAUAUGAGAGACGAGGUUCCUCCUUUAGUCACUGAUCCGAUAACCAACAUCAACGCAGAGAACCAGUCGCAAGAAAUAGAAUCGGUAAGUAGUGAAUCGGAUGAAGUAAAAAAACUAAAGGAAGACGAUACUAAAAGUACAGCAGCGCUUUCGGGAAGAAUGCAGAGCGUGAAAACUGAAGUUAUAGAAAAUGGAACAGAUUCCAGAAGUGAGCAGUCUACUGACGAAAAGCAAAAAGAAUCUGGCGAGGAGAAGAACGAGGAAUCAGUGUCGAAUGACGCGCUUCACAUACCAGAUACAGGAAUUAAUUCCAGUGAAUCAGUUGUUACUGUAGCAGUUGGUCUGCCUAAUCAGAAAAUAACAAAACGUGAACCAGUACCACAGAGGCUUGUGUCAUUCCAGGAGAAAGAGAACUGCGACAAGGGCGGGAAAUCAUUAACAGAAUCUGUUGCAACAGAGGAAUCAGGAAUGAUGAAAGGAGGGGAGGAAGAAGUUUCUUCAGCUGUGGCAACAGAGCGUAGUGAGGAGCCGAAGGGAGCUCACCCCUCGGUGAUAAAUGAGGGUGCAAGGGAGCUCAGCUCUGUUUCUGGAGCGGAUAAGCCUGUGGUCGCCAAAGAAACUGACAAAGGUACUGUUGCUGGCGAAGGUGAACCACAAAGAGGAGGCGGCCCAGUUGCUGAGGCCAUACAGAGCCAGCCUCCGGAAGAUGACACUCACAGUGCUGAUCCACCGGAGUCUGAGCCGAAGGCGCAGACUGGUGACAGCUCAGGUGAGGCGGCCGUGGCGGAGAAGUGGGUAAUGCCAGAGUCCAGUGGCAGGGUUGAGGAGCGGGGAGAGGAGGCUGUGCAGCCGCAGCCGCAGCUGCUGGAAGACAGCGAGGACUCGGAGCGGCUGCUGGUGCUGGCGGACAGACUGCGGCAGCGCGACGGCGGCCGCAGGGACGCGGAGGAGGAGAGGGGGAGGGACAGGGAGAGGGACCGCCUCGACGAGCCGCAGCUGCACUUCCCCAGCGUGCCGGCCGGGGAGGACUUCCACGCCGCCAAGCUGGGCCUCUCCGAUGGCAUCUUCCUCUUCGGCUACCUCUCCACUUUCAUAUCGUGGCUGCAGCCGCAAGACUUCCCAGUCGAACUCGUUCGUGAUGCGCUGUGGAACAGAAUCUCACUAACGGAUCUAAUAACUGAGACGCUGCAGGUGGAGGUGGGCUUCAUCGCGGUGCUGUCGGUGGGCGUGGCGCUGGCGCUGGCGGUGCCGCUGACGGCGCUCGGCCUCACGUGCUGCCGCCUGCUGGAGGCGCGCGCCGACGCGGGCCGCGACCUCGAGCCGUCCGCCUGCCGCCGGCGCUCGCUGCUCUGCGGCCUCUGGACCGUGCUGCUGCUCAUGGCCGUGGGCGUGGCGGCCAUGUUCGCGAGCAACGAGCAGGUGAGCGCCGCCGUGCAGUGGUCGCCCCGCGUGUUGCACACGGCGCUUUCCGACACGGCCGCCUUCGUGCGCUCCACGCACCACCAGAUCGGCUUCGUCGCCUCCAAGUCGCUCGACCAGGCACUCGCCGCCGCAGUUGAGGAUCUCGACAGCGCGGACGCGCUGCUGGGCGCGCCGAUCCAGCGCGAGCUGUCGCGCGAGACGGGCGUGGACGUGGCGCUGGACGCGCUGUCCGACGUGUCGGCGGCGGCGGAGGGCGCGAGCCAGCGGGCGGCCGCCGUGCUGGAGCAGGCGGCGCAGGCGCGCGGCCUGGCGCUGGUGGCGCGCGAGCGCCUCGCAGACCUGCGCUACCAGCUGGACGCGGCGCGCCGCCAGUGCGCCGCCAGGGACCGCCCGCUCUGCGACACCGUCGACGCCGUCGGCCUCGACGUCUCCGUGCGGCUCGAGGCGCUGCUGACUGACGAGCGUCUGCUGGCGCUGCGAGACCUGCGCAACGGCAACCUGAGCGCCGCGGCGCAGCAGGCGCGCGCAGACUUCCAGCUGCUGCCGCGACAGGUCCUCGAGAGCACCAGGGACGCCAGGCUCGGCAUCCGGCGCGAGCUGGUGCGUGAGCGCGCGCAGCUGCAGGAGUCGCUGUCGCCGCUGGACGCGUUCUCGCGCAGCGUGUCGGGCCGCGUGGACGGCGCCCGCGCGGCCGCCCAGGACGCCGCCAGGGUGGUCGCCGAGGCCGACUACUGGCGCUGGCUCGUCGGACUGGGGUCGGCGCUGUCGAUGCUGGUGCUGUGGCUGCUGCUGGCGGCGGGCGGCGGCUGCGGCUGCUGCGGCUCGCAGGAGAAGGCGCGGCCGCUGCUCAUCACGGCGGUGGCGACGGCGAGCGCGCUGUCGGUGGUGCUGUGGGCGGUGACGCUGGUGGCGUUCGCGCUGGGCGCGCACGGCGAGGUGCUGGCGUGCCGGCCGCUCUUCAGCGCGCCCGACUACCCGCAGCUGUCGCGCCUGCUCGACCGGCCCGGCGUCCUCUUCCCCGCGGGCGGCUUCUUCCGCAACGUCGCCGGCUCCAACGCCAGCCUCGACGUGCCGCUCAAGGACGUGUUGCAGGAGUGCGAGCUGGGCCGACCGGCGUACCAGGCGCUGCAGCUGCGGCAGCUGUUCGACAGCGACGCAGCGACGGGCCGCGGCGGCCAGUGGGAGGGCGUGCGCCAGCAGGUGUCGCGGCUGCGCGUCGACCUGGCCGAGCUGCGCGUGCUCACGCCCGGCCUGCAGGCGCAGCUCGAGGACACGCUGCAGGCCGCCAGCGCCAACCUCACGCUGCACCGGCUCGCGCUGCAGGGGCCCGUCACCGCCAGGGACCUGCAGGCGCUGGCGGACCAGCUGCUGAGCGUGUCCUCGCAGGUGGCAGACCUGUCUUCGGCUUCUCGCCUGGAGACGCUGGCGGCGCGGGCCAAGCGGCUGCUGUCGUCCCACAUCUCGCCGCUGGAGCAGAGGAAGGAGGACCUGGUUUACCGGCUGACGGCGCUGGAGGUGGCGCUGUCGCCGCUGCAGAGGCAGACGAACCAGUCGCUGUCGCACCUGAAGACGAUCCAGUACUUCGUGAGCAAGCAGGGCGAGAGCAUCGCGGACGCGGCGGUGCGCCACUACGCGGACCGCCUGCUGUCGUACCUGCAGCAGGCGCGCACCCACGUGCUGGCGCAGGUGGGCCGCCACGUGGCGCCCUGCAGGCCGCUCUUCGACGUCUUCCACGCGGCGCGCCAGCUGCUCUGCCGGCACGCCCUCGACCCGCUCAACGGCCUGUGGUUCUCCUCGGCGUGGUGCCUGGUGCUGCUGGUGGCGGCCGUGCCGCUGAGCCUGCGCCUGGCGGACGCCUACCGCCGGCGCGACUCCUCGGCGUCGCUGCUCAGCUCCCGCAACUCCGAGAGUCCAUCCGAGACUGUGGACAUUCCGGACAACUGGAACACACCAGGGGGUGGACAGCAACAACAACAAGACGGCUGGUGACCGUUCCUCCAUCAAAGGCGCAGCUCAGCUGUCAGCCGGCUUACGUUGAGACUGAUCUUCAAAGCGGCGUUCGCCGUACCUCCUAACACUGUAUGGGAUACGGGACAGAAAGCUUCCAUGGCGAGCGUACAUUUCUCUCCUUUCUUUUGAACUUUUGCGAGUACUUCGCAUAUCUUCCACAUAUCUACAACUAAUGGGUCCUUGUUAUUUGGAGUAAUAAAAGUGAAAUACCAUGUAACUAUAUAUAUAUAUAUAUAUAUAUAUAUAUAUAUAUAUAUAUAUAUAUGCCUAACAGAGGCGUAUGCAAUGUUGCAGAUAUUUUGUAAUUCGUAUUGGUGCAGCUGCCGAGGUUCCUGUUAUUUUAGUCCAGCUGAUAUAUACUCUUUAUCACUUUCCUGUCCGUAUUUAGCUGCUAAAGUAAAACUAAUUAUUGCGGUGGAUUCUCAUUGUGCCUCCGUGAAAAUUUCUUUCUCCUCCGUAGAAAGACUUUCCCAUUUAUCUCAUGAGUCACGUAGUCUUAGCAGCACUUAUUUACAGCAGAAAGUGAUGUGUUCUUCGUAGAUAGGGGAAUUGUUAAAGUGUACUUGUUUUUGCUACAUAGCUACAUUUUUGUGGGUUAUGUUCUUAUCCUGACAGAGUAAGCAUUUUAACAAAAGAUUUUUCUGACUUCUAGAUGUAUGUUUUUCUCAUUUGUAAAAGACAUAUGUAGAUGAACUUGUUCUGCAAAUUUAUCUGCUUGUAAUUAUUGAAUUAUUGCAGUUACAAAAUAAAAAGAUGCUUAAAAAAUU